AGAUGUACUCAUAAGAGGAAGGAGCAUGAGAAUGUUUCUCACGGAUAACAAGAUCUUAUUUGCUCGACAGAUUUUCUGAUAUGAGCGUUUCACACCGAUUAUCUCAUAUGAUGAAAGUUAAAAACCGCUUGAAGGUGGUUUUAGUCCUGAUGUUGCUCAGUUUACUGAUUUUCCUGUUUAUACAAAGUGAAGUGUUCGACAGGAUGCCAACAUUCCGUGCCAGUCCUGAACAUGACAUGGCCUCAAGGUUAAAUAUUACUUGUGAAGGAGCUGAACUCACCAGGCAGUUCGUGCCAAAAUAUCAACUAAAUGAUCUACUUGAACGCAGAGAAAAGGAGUAUAAGCAAAGUAAACUCAGGGUGAAAACAGAUACAGAUAUUCUCAUCGCCCCGGCCAACUCUCCUCUACAAUAUCCUAUAACAGGUUUCAGGGUAGUUCCUCUGAAGAAAAGUAUGAUUCCAGGUCUUGCCCUUCGAGUAAAAAGGACAAGUGUACGAACAAAUGGUGGGCAGUACAAGGUGUCUUUGAGUGUGAUGAGUGGUGUGCUCUCAGUGGAGGAUGUACAGGAUGGACAGCAGGUGGAUGGACAGGGCCAGAGUGAACUGACCAUCUCAUCCAGCAACCUCACACAACUCAAUGAUCUGCUGUCCAGAGUGAGCUACACCAGCACCGUCUACCACAUCAGAACAUCAGACCUGGCUUGUUUGUCUUUUGAGGAUCAUGAAGCCAAAUUUCCAAUCAUGAUAAGGAGACCAACAGUUCCUGUUCUGUAUGACCCAGGAGAAGAUAUCAACUCACAGGUGACCAUAUUAACCAAGACCUUUCUGAGGUACAAGGAGCUGAACGUCCUAAUCGAGAGCAUCCGGAAGUUUUACCCCAAAAUCAAGAUCAUCAUUGCAGACGACAGUCUAAACCCUGAAAGUGUGUCCGGAGACAACAUAGAGCACUUCAUCAUGCCUCCAGCACAGGGGUGGUUUGCGGGCCGAAAUCUGGCUGUAUCUCAAUUGACAACAAAAUACUUCCUGUGGGUCGAUGAUGACUUUGAGUUCUUGGAUGAGACCCGGAUCGAGAGUUUUGUGGAGAUGAUGGAGGCAGUUCCAGACCUAGAUGUUAUUGGCGGUGAGGUGUCUGGUGACCAGUUUUAUUUCCUUCUGGAAUAUGAUGAGGGAGCUGAGCAUGAAGGAGGGGGAUGUCUAAGGCGUGUUAGAGGAGAGUUUCAUCAGCCACUUUCAGGGUAUGAUGGAUGCCAUCUUGUGGAUGGUGUAACAAAUUAUUUCUUGGCAAGAACUGAAGCCGUGCGAAGAAUUGGUUUCGACCCGUUCUUGAAAAGAGUUGGUCACACAGAGUUUUUCAUCGAUGGCCUUGGAAAGUUAUUGGUAGCCACAUGUAAGGGCUUCUCUAUUGGUCAUCAGAUACAUCAGACAUAUGACAGCUAUGACAGUUACAGGAAUCAAGAAAAAGAGGAUGAAAAGAGAAAACUGGCUCAUCACUUCUUUAAGAAUUAUCUCAACUGCAUCAAGUACUGAUAUUUACAUAUCCAACUAAUGUAAUUUAUUUCUGUGGACAAAAUGUGAAAUUCUGAAAAACAGAAAAGGACAGAGUCAGCUGCUAUGAGGAAAGUGCAUUACUUAAAGGAAUUGUUCACCCAAAUAUGACAUUCUGCCAUCAUUUACUCGUUUUGGGUUUUUCUAAAGUAAAGUUUUCCAUCUGAAAAAC